CUUAUGCCUUCCACCCUUAUGUACCGUGCUGGUGCUGCUCGGGCUGCUCGUGCUCCGUCGCUGCGAGUGCCCACCCAGACAGAGUGCGAUCCCUGACGACGUCCCGCACUCCCAUUGCGCACAUCACCUCCUCUGCGCAACCCUAACAUCCCACACUCCCGCUCCGCACAGCAUCCGCUUUCAGGGAAUGGAGCAGCGACCGGGAAGAAGUUGAAGGAGAGCUGUAUGGGCGUGGAGAUUCAAGGCAAAGGUCGCAGGAUGUACGCUGAAGACGAAGCUGGAGCGAUGGCGUCACCGGUAAGUCCCCAGGUACAUCGAAGACGAAGCUGGAGUGAUGGCGUCACAUCAGAUCUUGGGCCUGCCUGCGGCGCGCCUGGGCAUCUGCGUCAGCUGCGGCCUGAAGCCGUUGCUUUUCAGCCGCUGCCUCCGCUUCAGCUUGUAGGCGGGCAGUUUCGGCUGCCGCCUGGCGCUGUUCCUCAGCCUCGAUCUGUGGGAGCUGAUCUUGGAUCCGCUGUCGGAACUCGGCAAUGGACUCGCUGUCCAGUUGGCCUGGCAUGCCCAAAACUGACACCGUCGUGGUGGCGGGGCACUGCUGAUGCGUCACUGCUGACGUGUCACUGCUACCACGGUGCUGCUGACGUAGCACUGCUGAUGUGGUGCUGCUACUGUCGUGGCACUGCUGACAUGGCUCUGGUACUGACGUACAUCGAAGACGAAGCUGGAGUGAUGGCGUCACAGGUCAGCUCCCAGGUCAUGGUGUUGAAUGCAGGCAUGGCUAUUCCCCCAGCCACACCUUUACGGGCAGUGAGUGCUGAUGUGUCCUUCUCAACUGACAGCUGCUUUUCGAGCUUUAAACUGAGCAACAGCGGGAUGAUGGAUCAGAGUAGCGAUGAAGAGGGGUUGCAACCAACAAAGAAUGAGUUAAUAUUGAGAGAGGAUGCCGCACUUGCUGAACAGCAUAAGAGGCUUUCUGUUUGUGAUCUUACGCACAAGUUUGAGAGGGGACUAUCUGCUGCAUCCACUGCUGCUGCAAAGAUCAAUGAGGAGCCUGUCCCUUCAGUGACAGAUGGUAAUCAACUUGGCAUGAGUUUGAUAUCUGUGGUGAAGCAACGGCUCCUUGGGCUGCAACUCUCCAGUGGGAUUCGCUACAAAGAAGACAUCGAUGAGGCUCUGGCGUCCAUGGAGGCAUUGGGAGCGCAAUGGGCACUACGAGAGAAUGAUACAAAGCAGGAACGGCUGGAAGUAAGGAAGAUGGCUGCAUUGUUCAAGCAAGCGAACGAGGAUGCAAGAAGGAUGGUGGAGGAGGCACGGACAAUGGCGCAGGAAGAGAUCAUGAUUGCCAGGGAGAAGGUGCGACGAGCGGAGGAGAUUGCACGGAGGAUAGUGUCGGCAGAGGCCCGUGAGGACGAAAGGGAGCAAAAGAUGGAGGACUUGAAGAGGGAGGUAAUAGAGGCAAGGAGGAUUAAGAUGCUACAUCAACCAACCAAAGCGUCCGAGAUGGAAAUGCAGAUCCAGGGGCUGCAAAGGGUACUAGUGGACAAGUCGCAGGAAGUCAUGUCUCUGAGGCAUGAACUUGAGGCGUUCAAAUUCCCAAAUAAGAAAGAGCCUCCAUAUAAGCUGGAGGGUCUUGAGCUCUUAGGCAGCACAUUGUACGUGAUGGCUACGUCGUAUGACGUUCCAACACCUUCAUCUUGUGAACUUCAGUGGUACCGUAUACAUGAAGAUGGGGAGUCCGAUCCCAUCACGGGGGCAAUACGGGCUCAGUAUGCACCUGAGCCGCUUGAUGUGGGCUGUUGCCUGCGAGUUACUAUCAGGCAUGCAGGGAUUUUGGAGAUAGUGGAGUCGUCCGGGCCUCUCGAGGCAUCUCCUGGGCUGGAAGAUUUCGUCAACCUUUUGCAAAGUUAUGGGAACGCCCCGUUCAACGUUGUCGUAAUUCAGUAUAAUGGGGAGUAUGUCGAGAGAAGAGCUCCUCAUGUGCUUGAGAUCUCCCGUGCGCGGGUCAAGCUGAGGAGGGGUAGGGUUGUGAAAGCACGGGGAACCUAUAAUCACGAGAUGUGGCUGUGUGGAGCAAGAGGUGGUGGUGAAGCUGCCGCACAAGCGCUUUUCCUACAGACAAGGGCGAAGCAAUAUGUGCUGGCUCUUGAGAGUGAGAGGGAGAGGAAUGGGGCCAUUAUGCUUGCUAGACGCUUUGCAACAGAACAUAACGUGCACCUCAUGGGCCCCGGGGAAUCCGAUAGCCAUAUUGAACGCUAGCACCCACCGGAGAGUGGUUUCCGUUCUGCUAUACCCACUCUAUUGCUGCUAGCACUGUUAACUCCGCGGUGUAGCUGGCAUACGUUGCUUGCGUACAGAGAUGAACGGAGAGGUGGGGAGAGAAGACGGAGAAGGAAACAGAGAAAUGGGUAUAAAAUGCAGAAUAGAAAAUGUAGGCUAGAAAAAAGUGCAGGUUAAAUGGUGCAGGAGGGGACUGGAAAUGGAUCGUCGUGGGCGUUUCCAAUACUGGGAGAGAGAAGGAACAACCAAAAAACAGAGGCACGUGCUGGGAAAAACGUGUGCAGGGGCCAGGGACGUGGGCAGAAGCAAAGGGGACGGGAAGGCCAUGCAACCAUUGGCCUCCCACCUCGUGUAUGGUAAAGCAUUGGAUUUGGGUAGCCAUUGGUGUGCAGCAACGUUGACUAAUAAAUUACGUUUAAUGUU